AUUGUUCAGGGCCUCGCCCUUGUAUGAACUUUUUCAAUGUGAAAAGAGGCAUGCCUUGAGAUUGAGGACAACGAUCCUAAAUAAGCUGACAACAAUGCGGGCCUGCCUGUGCGAGCCAUGCGCGCCCCCCUCGCACCAGGACUCGCGUUCAUGGCUCGCCUUUCUCGACCGCUGCACCACCCUGUCUCUCCCCCACUACAAGCAAGUCCACGCCCUGAUGCUCCGCUCCCACGCCCUCGCCCGUUCCUCCCUCUUGGACCGCGCCAUCAGCACCUGCGCGCCCCUCGACCCCGCCUAUGCUGCGCGCCUCCUCCUCAACCUCCCCCCACCCGAAAACCCGAACUCUUUCGCCUUCAACGCUCUCAUACGCGCCCAUGCUGCCGCGCCAUGCCCCCACACCAAGCACCAAGCCAUUGUCCUGUUUCGUCUCAUGCUCCUGCGCUCGAACCCCAUGCCUGAUAAAUUUUCGUUUCCCUUUGUUCUCAAGGCCUGUGCUUUUCUCUUUGCCCUCUUUGAGGGUAAGCAAAUCCAUGGAUUGGUGUUUAAGCUUGGGUUGGCAAUGGACCCAUACGUUAACAAUGGGCUAGUGCACAUGUAUGCAAGCUGUGGGGUGGCAAAUCUAGCGCGCCAAUUGUUUGAUGAAAUGACUGAGAAAAAUGUGGUAUCAUGGAAUUCUAUGAUAUAUGGGUAUGUUCAGUUGGGGUUCUUUGAGGAAGCGUUGGGAUUGUUUAGUGAGAUGAAUAGGCUUGGUGAUGUAGCUCCCGAUGCUUAUACGGUGCAUAGUGUGGUCUGUGCUUGUGCAGGUUUGGGUGCGUUUGCGUUGGGUGUGUGGGCGCAUAGGCUCGCAACGAGACUCUCGUUAGACAAUGAGCAAAGUCUUUUGAUGUGUAAUGCACUUAUUGACAUGUACGCAAAAUGUGGGUGCGUAACCAUUGCUCGACAGGUUUUCGAUAAAAUGGGUAGUAGGGAUGUUUCUUCAUGGAACACGAUUAUUCAAGGGCUCUCUGUUAAUGGUUCGGGCCACGAGGCUUUGGACAUGUUCUCUCGCAUGCUCAAGGAUGGCUUCAAGCCAAAUGCCAUUACUUUUGUUGGCUUGUUGAGUGCAUGCGCGCAUAGUGGCCUUGUAAACCAAGGCUUAAGCACAUUCAAUUCAAUGAGGAGUCGGUAUGGAAUUGAACCUGCAAUUGAGCACUACGGGUGCAUGGUUGACCUAUUGGGCCGAAAUAGUAGGCUAGAUGAGGCCUAUGAGCUCAUAACCACUAUGCCAUUAACGCCAGAUGCUAUCAUUUGGAGGACUCUACUGGAUUCCUGUACUAGGAGUCCUGGCAAGUUGGACCUCAGUAAGGUGGCUGCAAGCCACUUAUUAGAGCUCGACUCUGAUACUAGUGGUGCAUAUGUGUUACUAUCGAAAGCAUAUGCACGAGCCAAUCGAUGGAACAAUGCAGGGGAAGUUAGGAAGGAGAUGAGUCUGAACAAUGUAGCAAAGCCACCAGGGUGCAGUUACUUAGAAUUGGAUGGAGUGGUGCAUGAAUUUUUAGCAGGGGAUACGUCACACUCUCGAUCGAGAGACAUAUAUUCGAUGUUGGAUGAAGUAGAGGGCCGUUUGAGAUCAAAUGGUUAUGUGCCAGAUGCUUCAAAGGCAGAUGUAGCAGAGCCUGAUGGGGGGAAAGAGCAGUCUCUUCUACUUCACAGUGACAGAGUAGCAAUUGCGUUUGGGCUUAUCAGCACGACCCCGGGCACCACCAUCAGGCUCAUGAAGAACCUAAGAGUGUGUAGCGAUUGCCAUCAUGUUAUAAAGCUUGUAUCUCUUAUAUAUGAGAGGGAGGUCAUCAUGCGAGAUCGGGCCCGUUUCCACCAUUUUAGACAAGGCUCCUGUUCUUGCAUGGAUUACUGGUAGUCUCAUGAUGGUCUCUACUUGUAUAUGUAUGUACGUAUCAAUUUAAAAAAGCAAAAGAAAGUUAAGUAAGCAUGUUGGUGUUUUUGGAUAAAGAAAGACAUGAUAAUACAAAUAAAAUUAACCAAGUCUA